ACGGUCAUGUCCACCACCAGGCGGGCGCCUUCUUCAACUUCUUCAGAAGUUGAACGAUUCUAGUUCAGUUUCUCGCUCGGUACUGUCUCAGGUUAUUUCACCUAUUCGCGGGGAGUUUUAUGCAAUAUUAGCAAACUAGAGACAUUUCAAACAAAGAGCAGCUAGUGGUUCUGUUCUGCUGGGUUGACGACAGUUAUGUCCCUCACGAGGAUUUUAUUGGCCUAUUUGACUUACCUAAGGCAGACGCUUCCACCAUUCUCACUGCACUAAACGACAUUUUUGUCCGCUGCAACAUUUUGCCCAGUAUGUUUCGUGGACAGGCAUAUGAUGGGGCUGCAAGUAUGUCUGGACAUUUGAAUGGACUUGCAGCAAGCUUUAAAUGGGACAAUCCUGCAGCCAUUUAUGUGCAUUGCUUUGCGCAUUGUCCUAAUUUAUGUUUGCAAAAUACUGGGAAAAAAUGUAAAGUCAUCAGAGAUGCACUGGAUUUCGUGCAAGAAGUUGAUUGUGAGACAAUCCCCCAAACAAAACAAGUUUCAAGUGUUAAAAAAUGAAAUGGCCCCGAGCAACAUUAACCUACGCACUCUCUUCCCAACGAGAUGGACGGUGCGCACAGGUGCAGUGAAAUCUGUCCUCGACAACUACGCUGUACUUUCCACUCUGAUGACUGAAAUAAAUAAAGAAUCAUCCAGCGAUGCCGGUAGGAAAGCUGGGGGAAUCUUGGCAGCGCUGGACAAAUUCAGCACAUUCUUUGGCCUGCAUCUGGCGCUGAUGUGUUUUUCUCCCACAGCUCUAUAUAAACUGUUGUGACCAGACAUCAGUGCCAGGUCGUCUGUUUGAGUAUGGAGGACGAUGAUGCAACAUCUGACCACGAGGAGCAGCCUGAGAACCUGAGCAGCACACAGGAUGCUAAUUUUAUUUCUGAGGAGCCAGGAGGUAGUCGUGUUGCUGAAUUUACUGUUGAGACUCCUGCUGCUGAGGCUCAUAAAGUUAAAACCAGGAGGAAGAGCAAAUUAGUAAAAGCCCUAGAUGGUACUAUAGAGGCUUUCGUAAAUGCUCAGAGACAUUCUGAUGAACGCUGGUUGGCAGCAUUUAAAGAACAACAGGAGUCGGUCCAACGCCACCAACAACAGCAGCAAGAACAGCACCUAAACCUGAUACGCGAAGUAGAAAUAAAUCGACUUCAAGCUGAAGAGAGAUUGAGAAAACAGGAACAGGAACACGAGAUACGACUGAUGCAGAUGAUGGUCCAGCGGCUGCCACAGCAACCAGCACAACUACAGGCCCUGAACCCUCCAUCGCCUUCUACUUCUUUCCCUAACUUUUCAAACUAUGGACCAUAUCAGUAAUUGUGCAAUAUAUAACUCAAGUUUUAGAAAUUU